AGGAACGUACCCGGACUUUUGCUAAGAACAUGACCAGAUUUUAGUAAUAUCCUGGGAAUCAUUUUCAAUAUAAAACAAAUCCAUAACAGAAAAGAAGAGUCACUUUGGAUCAGCAAGACAAGAACAGGCAGAACGAUGCCAGGAACUGUUAAGCUGCGCAGCAUCAAGAAGUUUGGACAGGAAAAUGAUGGUUAUGAAUUUUCAGAUGAAGAGACAAAUGGUGAUUACAUGACAAUGGCUUCUGGAAAGGAUAAAAGGUCCAAAAAUGAAAAGAAAGAAGAACCAGCCAUCCGUGUCGGCUUCUUUCAGCUGUUUCGUUUUUCCAGCUGCCGGGAGAUCUGCAUGAUGAUUUUUGGAAGCAUAUGUGCGAUGAUUCAUGGUUCGGCACAGCCGCUGAUGCUGCUCGUGUUUGGGAUGCUGACGGACACCUUCAUAGAGUAUGACAUCGAGCUCAACAAGCUUAGUGACCCGGACAAAGUAUGCGUCAACAAUACUAUACAACGGAGAAACCUGACGGAGGAAGAAAACCUGGCACUGAACAUGACCAAAUCAUGCGGGAUCAUUUUAAAGGGGACAUAGAUUGUAAAUUCACAUAACC